GACCUUGUAUUCAUUCUAAACAGCUUGUGGACUAUGGAAGAGGAUUCACUCGAUGUAUAUGAAGCAAUCUGCAAAAUAAAAGAACUAAAAUACAAAGCGCGAAACGAGAAAGAACAUUUAGUAUUAUUGUGCACCGAGUUGGCCAUCAUGAAAAAAGAAAAGAGGGACCUAAGACAACGCAAUGAGGAAUUACAGCAGAUGAUAAUUCAACUACGACAGGAAAAUAAUCAACUUGCAACAGAAAACUCUAAAUAUAAAGAAGAACAAUGGCAACAUCAGGAGCAAAAACAAAAACGACAGAAUCUACCACCAAUCAAAGAAGUCCUAAUUAAUUCCAAUAUUUCAAAAGGAAUUCAGACUGAAGAAAGAUUACUUCAAAGUACUCAAACACAAACUAAUAUCAUUGAACGCUGUUCCGUUUUUACUUCGACAGAAAAAGUAACCACAUCGUCCGUGCAUUGCGACACUUCAGACAUACCAAGACAUAAAUCAUUCAAAGAGAAGCUAGAUAGAAGGAAAUCUUGUCCAAACAACUCGACAACACAGCCUGACAUACAAAACACAUUUUCCAUAUUGCAAGAACAUUUACAAAAGCCAUCCAAAUUAAAAUUUUCUAGACAAAAAGCCUGGGUACGAAAAGCUCCUGUUCCUGUCCCUUUAUCCAACACAAACAUAUCAUGAGCUGGAAAGCAUCAAGGACUUUAAUCCAUCAAUGGUAACAAAAUAGGAGAAUAGAUAAUUUAUAUGUUGUUGGUAUUAAUUUAUUAGGCAGAAUAUGGAGGUAUGGGCACAAAGUGUUUCCAGCUUUGUAAAUGUUAUAAAUCUUAUAUGUUUCUUAUAUAAAAAGUGUAAAUACAUACUGAUAUAUGGUGA